AUGAUUCAAAGUAAUCACUACACUUCACAAUCUAAAUUGAUUGAAAAAUUCAGUUGUGAGCAGAAGGUAACAGAAUGUAUUUUGGACGAAUACAUAGUACAAAAUGAAAUUAAAUAUACUAGCUAUACAUUGUUGCUCUUCAACAAUCAUGAACUGUACCGGUAUUUCAAUACUCAACAAUUUAAAAACACUUGCAACUCAUUGAUAAAAUAUUCAGAAGGUAAAAACUUAGAGCAUUCGAACGGGAAGUUAAUAUCUUCGCGUGAUAAUAAUAAGAGAACUAGUACUUUUCAAUUGAAGAAUAGUAUACAAAAACGCAUCAUUACGUCUUCACCGGAAUACCAGAAAUUUUUAGCAAAUUUAAAAUCUCGUAUUUUGUGUCCUUGUAUAUUUGAAAUAUCUGCAAGCUAUGUUAUUCGUAUAAAAUCAAUUUAA